CCCUUUCCUUCUAAGUUUUUUAUCGCUUAUCCACCCUAUCUCCGCAUAGACCAAAGCCCAUGGAUCAUAGCCUCUCCCAUCGGCGAGAGCUCCAGCUCCAGGGACCGCGCCCUUCUCCUCUUCGAGUCAGCAAAGACUCUCACAAGAUCACGAAACCGUCGCCGCUGCCGCAGCAGCAACGAGAGCCGGUCAUCAUCUACACCAUAUCCCCCAAAGUCAUCCAUGUCGAACCAGCCAACUUCAUGGGCCUCGUACAGCGUCUCACAGGCCCAGACAGAGCAGCGGCUGACCCGCCCACGACUUCCUCCGCGGCCCCGGAGCGGCCUGUUGCCAUCCGGCCUGGAAUUCUGCUGCCGGUUCCAACCUCGCUGCCGCCGAUACCGCCAGCUUUUUUCUCAUCGUCGUCACUCGACCCGAGCUUCCAUAGUUUCUUACACGAUAUGAGUCCGGCGGCGGGCUUCCAAGUUGGCAGGCCUUCUCAUGGUGAUACGGCCGGCGAUAUCUUCAGCCAUUUACUAAGGUUGGAAGAUGGAAAGGAGGGGAAUACAUACAUGGAGGAUGAGAGAAGGCGUGUGCAGUGAUAAAAAAAGAGGUACCUUUGAGGCUGAAGCUUCAUCUUUUUCAUACUUCGUUUGAUUUAUUUCAGAGUUUUGGGGAUAGUAGAUGGCUAGAAUAUCCAUUGAUUGAUGUAUGAUAUUGUCUGUGCUUCUUAUAUUCUUUUUAUCAGACCCAUUCAUAGAUUAAACAGGAAUAUUGAUAGUUGAAUUUGUGAUUAUUAUUA